AUGGAGGGAGUGUGUAAUCUUUCCAGCUCAUUCCAGGAGAACCUCAAGACUAUGGGCUACCAACAUGAAGAGCGGACUACAGAAACACCGGAAGGGCGCACAUGCAAUCCAAUACCCGAUCAAGAACGAUUUCUUCCCAUAGCCAAUGUUGCUCGUGUCAUGAAGCGAAUGAUACCAAGUAGUGGGAAAAUAGCGAAGGAUGCUAAGGAAUGUGUUCAAGAAUGCGUUUCUGAAUUCAUAUCGUUCAUCACUAGUGAAGCUAAUGAUAAGUGUAUGAGUGAGAAGAGGAAGACGAUAAGUGCUGAUGAUCUUCUGGAAGCGAUAAACAAUAUGGGCUUCGACAACUAUGUGGCUCCCCUUCAACUGUUUCUGGAAUAA